AAUGCCCCUGCUUUGUUGCGCAAUGACCAGACCAUUCUAAUCUCUGUUUCUCUCUCUAAAGUCUAAAAAGAGAGAGAGAGAGAGAGAGGCGGUGCAUGGACACACAAAACCCAACGAAAUUCAUCUUCAUCACGCAACGCAAUGUCUCUCCCUCCACACGAUGCUUGGAUUCACACUUCCAACAACUUCCUCCCCAGAUGGAAAUCCCUUUCCCUCUCUCACCAGUCAACGAUCCCAAUUUCUAUAUCAAGAGUUAACCAAGUUGACGCAGCAAGACUGGACGUUGAAAUGUCAGCCAUGUUGAAGGAACAGUUGGUUAAAGUGUUUUCAUUAAUGAAGCCAGGAAUGUUAUUUCAGUAUGAAGCGGAGCUUGAUGCUUUCCUUGAGUUCCUUAUUUGGCGGUUCUCAAUUUGGGUGGAUAAGCCAACCCCUGGCAUUGCUCUCAUGAACCUGAGGUACAGAAAUGAGCGUGCGGUAGAGUCAAGAGAUAAAGUCAGAACAGGCCUGGAGGGACCUGGACUCACUGUUGCUCAGAAGCUUUGGUAUUGUAUUGCCACUGUUGGUGGUCAGUAUAUAUGGGCUCGCCUACAAUCCUUCUCUGCUUUUCGUAGAUGGGGUGAUACUGAGCAGAGACCAUUGGCACGGCGUUUAUGGACCUUGAUACAACGGAUAGAAGGAAUUUAUAGAGCUGCUUCAUUUGGAAACCUGUUGAUAUUUCUUUGCACGGGAAGAUAUCGGAAUCUUAUUGAAAGAGCCUUACGAGCUAGGCUUGUAUAUGGGAGCCCAAAUAUGAAUCGAGCUGUUAGCUUUGAAUAUAUGAACAGGCAAUUAGUUUGGAAUGAAUUCUCGGAAAUGUUAUUAUUGCUUCUUCCUCUUCUUAAUUCAUCAUCUGUGAAAAAUCUCCUACGACCUUUUUCUAAAGAUAAAUCAUCAAGUUCAGCCGAGGAUGGCACAGCAUGUCCCAUUUGCCAGGCUACUCCAACCAUUCCUUUUGUUGCUCUACCUUGUCAGCACAGAUAUUGUUACUAUUGUCUUCGGACACGAUGUGCUGCUGCUCCAUCAUUUAGGUGUUCCAGGUGCAGUGAGCCAGUUGUUGCUAUGCAACGGCAUGGUGGUGUCCUCACAGAAUGAUUGAUUGUUGCUAAGAAACAAUCUUAUUAGUGUUAGAGAGCAUUUGAUCUACUUAUAGAAUUAAUUAGCAUAUAAAAUACUACCUGAAAUUGUGGUGGUAUUCUUUUCUUGCUCUCUCCCUUAUUAUAUUAUUCACAUUUAAUUGGGAAACAAAUCUAAUAUAUUCAUAGCAUCACUUACUUACCUAAGUGGGAAGCAUUUUUUUUCCCUUGUAGCAAUGUAUCAUUCAGUGACGUCUCA